AUGCGCAUAUCGAAUGAAUGUUUAUUGAACGUGAUCGAUAAGUGCAUGGAAAUUUCAUAUAAGCACAUAGCAGGUGAACCAGGGACGAAGAGUAAUUGGACGAUAACAAAACGAAUGAAUGAUGCAAUGGCUUCAAACAACAAAAAAGGUUCAAAACGAUUAAUGAAAUCUGAGAAGAGUUGA